UAACUCGACGCGGGUUACAUCAAUUUAGUGUUUAUUAGCUAUUAUAACAACAUCUACGAUGUCCGCGGUAACUCCGCGUCGUUCUUCAAGGCUUCCCCACAAUCACACGCCAAAAAUGAGUGAAAGAAAGAAGGGGCUGUUUCAAAGUGAAUUGGAGGCGUCGAGGGAGUCUCUGACGAAGCAUCGAAGGCUGCCGGUGGUGAACAGCGAGAGUGACAGCGAUGACUGCGACCUGGGCAUCAUGGGUACCCUGGACUCUAGCUCUGGGGACGAAGUAGACCAUAGCGUGCCUAAGACGCCUGAACGCCAUUGGUACGGCACUCGAAGCUCAAAACUGCUCAAAGAAAACCACGAUCUGAAGAGCUUCAUCAAAUCACCAUUCACUCUCAACAAGUACCACACAAGGUACUCCUGCCCGGAAAAAUUUACGGGCUCCCACUCCACUCCGGUGACCCCACACAUGCAGAACCACCCCGGGACCCCAUCCUCCACACAUUCAUGCAACAGUGUCCAUACAACGUCUUCUACCUCAAGCAAGGCUCGGAAGAGCCUCGCAUCCUUAAUAGCUGACACGGAGAGCUGCAGCAGCUCUUUAAAGGAUCUUAACUUCGAUACGGACUCCGGUACGGACACCAAAGAGAACACACCAACGAAAACUUUAAGAAGGUCCAAUAGAAACAAAAUGACACCGAAACUACAAAGUUUCAAAGGUGUACUUUUAGAACAGAAGAAGAAUGUUACGCCACCAAAUAAGAACCCGGUUGUGAGCUUGACUAAGAUGGAUUUAGCUACUAAUCUGUCACCAACACAAAUGUUAAAGACGCCUCAUACAACUGAAGCUACCAUGUCACCUCCAAAGCUAAGUCACCGGCGCUCCGUUGUUGAAAUAGCAGAAAGCCCUGAAACCUGCGAAAGUGAGAUAAGCCACAAGAGACUGCGUAACAACAGUCUUACUGAGUACGGUCCCGUGUCUAAAUACCCUAAAAUCGAUGCCAAUUCCGCUCCUAAAGCUCGUCUGUCUCUCUUCAACAGCGAUAAGUUAAAGAUAUCAGCCAAAUCUUUCUAUGGCAAUUCUAGCCCAGAUUUAAAUAGCAGCAUUACAAACAAAAUUUCUAGUUCUAUGGAAACCUCAAUAACAAUCAACCGUCGCCUCUUCUCAAGCCACCCACACAGACGCAAGAAGAAAUCAGGACAGAUAAACAUGGGAGUGAGACACAGAAUCAGAAAGCCUAAAGUGCUGAAAAACAAGAUGUACGCUAAAGGCAACCGGUAUAUGAACAAGUCUGAUUCAGCUGUUCUAAAUAACAGCACAGUUUCAAACGUUUCGGCCAAUAAUCAAAGCAUGAAUAACGUUUCUAUGACGAGUCAGAAUUCCUCACAGGAAUUGGACAAAGAUAAAGCGGACCCGUUUGGCAAGGAAAAGUUAACCAUAGAAGUGCUCCUCAGCCAAUGGGAAGAGGAAGAUGAACCGGAACCCAGACCUGAGCUGCCAUGCUUCAAUAGUACUGUCAUAGAGGAGACUAGCCCGAUCUUCCAGCCGGUCACCGCUAUACCUGUGUCGGGGCAGGCUCUGCCGCAGGACGGAGCAGUCAUUAUAGAGUUAGGCUCUGACAAGCCAGUGAAGCCCAAUGAGGCAGUGGGGACAGCUGAUGUGACCAUGAUGGAACUGCACAAGGCGGACCACGGCGAUGUGCCAGAUGGGCAGUUCCUACCCGUGGACGGCGGAUUCAUACUAGUUCAAGAUAAUGUACCUGCAGUACCUCAAGAAGAGCUGACCGAUCUGGACGAGAUCGAACGCGAGCUUAAAAUGCUGGACGAGCAGAUUCUGAUGAUGACGCAAACUGAUACACCCGUCUCUGUACGAGCUGCCAACUCAGCAGGAGACACUCCUCCUGUAGUAGGAACUCUUACUGGUGUUCCUAAACGAAAACCUAAAAAUCUUGUGUCAAUUAACAAACUUAAAAAAAAUUGCUCGAAAUCUGCAAUGCCACCAAAGAAAAAGUGCAUAACCGCUAAGGAGGUAGUGAUAAACGUUUUCAACCAGGUGUUUAAAGAAAGAGGGAAUGUGACCGAGGCAGCUCUAGAAACUUCUAGAUAUGUUAAUGUGAAGUAUACUGUUGUGAGGACCAUAAUAGGGGAGUGGAUGGACGGAGAAGAAAUGGUGAAGCGUGGCGAAUCGGGCGUGCCAGAAGUAGAUGCAAAGCCGGAUGACGCCACGAAACUGUUCCCCAUAUUCAGCAAUCCGAACCCUGGGACUUGCACGCCUAGCUCUAAAGGUAAAAGCAGUAAGAAGUCCUUAUUGAAAGACGGGAGCAACCAGUACGUGAUAGACGCGGGACAGAAACAGUUCGGCGCUACACAGUGCACCGAGUGCGGGGUUAUAUACCAGAUCGGUGACCCUCAGGACGAGCAUGACCACCUGGUCCACCACAAUGCGACUGAUGUGCUCAAAUUCAAUGGUUGGAAAGAAGAAUGCGUCGUCGGCAGGUGGGACAGUGCUCGCUGCAUCCGAGUGCGAGGUGGUGAAGCCAACUGGAAGCGAGUGGCAACCCUGCUCACUAGGGUUGUCCACGCGCAGCUCGGGUACAACGCCGAGCUACCCGGCGACAUACACGCUUACACGGCAUACCUAUAUAUUGAUAAGAAGCAGAUAGCUGGCUGUGCCAUCGUCCAGCCCAAGACCAGGGCCUUCAAGCUCAUACCCGGGGACCCUGACUGCUGCACGGUUGAGGAUUACCCUGUCAAAUGCGGUAUAUCUCGUAUCUGGACGCACGCGUCGUUCCGCCGGCGGGGCGUCGCGUCGCGCCUGCUCGACUGCGCGCGCGCAUCCUUCCUGUACGGCGCCGCGGUGUCCAAGCGUGACGUCGCCUUCAGCGCACCCACUGCCGCCGGUAAAGCCCUAGCCACUAAGUAUUGCGGUACUGCCCAGUUUUAUGUGUAUCUCGAUUGAAUUUAUUUUGGACUUUGAGAGUCCCCCCUAUACGGCUGUAUAGUGUACAUCGAAAGUAUGUAGAGUCACAGAAGGUAAGUUAACUCGAAUAUUGUUAGUAGAUUUCAUGACUAAAUUGUGAAUAGGUGGCUAUAGGGAAUAUAGGAGGCGCAACU